AUGCCCAGCAACGCCCAGGAAAUAUAUUUCAGAACAUGCAUCGGCGCCUGUAACUCGGAGGGCUACUUGCGAGUGUACAUGCAGGAUGUCCUCGGCAAAGUUCGAGAGACUAUGUAUGAGCGGGAAUGGACCAAUGGCACUGAGAAGAAUGUUGUUGCUGAAGCAAGACUUGACUCGCCCAUUGCCGUCGCUUUCAAGCCGGAGCACAUCCGAAUGUUCUAUUUGACGAAUGACAACAUGCUGAAAGAAUCUGCGUAUGACCAGUCUAAGGGUUGGUAUGAGGGCGACAUAGGCAAAAAGAAGUUCCACAUGGCUCCAUAUUCUAGUAUGGCCGCUUGCUUUCUUGAUGGAGCAAACAUGACUUUGAGGUGUACUGCCAGAAGCCUGAUAAUACUAUCCAGGAACGACAAUACCGGAUGGAAGGAACUGCAAAAUCUGGGCGUGGCUAUGCCUGGAUCGUCGAUUACGUGCACGAGCUUCAAGACAACUCAUAUGAGACUUCGCGUCUUCUUCCAAGAUGAUCAUCAUGUGUUGGAAGAGAAAUGCUGGGAUCAGGAAAGAGGCUGGUAUGAUGGGCAUUUCAAAACCGCAAGCUCCGACCCUGUGCCGCCCAGAGCUUCACUGGCAUGUACCAGCCAUAUGCUGGGUAACAACAAAGUUGGCAUGAGCUUAUUUUAUGUCUGUUCACUUAGCCUACAGGAAAUGAAAUUUGACGGCCAGUGGCAAAAGGGAGACCUGAAAGUUGGUUGCAUCCCGGGAAGUGAAGUCGCUGCAGCUUGUUGGGGAAGCGAAAAGAAUGUGCAAAUGAGACUUUAUUUCCAGAAAGGAGAGCACGUUAGCGGAAUCUCUGAGUGGAUGUUCUCUGACGGCAAAUGGAAGGCCGGAAAGGCUGCUCUUCCUCCUGCUUGA